GGCCAGAGGCGGCUGCAGCAGCUGCUGCCCUCGUCCCCGCCGCCGCCUCUCCAGCUCCUUCUGUGAUUACCACUCCAGCUGCUGCGAACAGGCGAGAGAGGAGGAGGCGAGAAACUCCCACCGACCCACAGAGGGAGCAUGACUUCAGCAACAUCACCUAUCAUUUUAAAAUGGGAUCCCAAAAGUUUGGAAAUCCGGACACUAACCGUAGAAAGGCUGUUGGAGCCACUUGUUACGCAGGUGACGACACUUGUCAACACAAGCAACAAAGGUCCAUCUGGUAAAAAGAAAGGGAGGUCAAAGAAAGCCCACGUACUGGCUGCAUCUGUAGAGCAAGCCACCCAGAAUUUCCUGGAGAAGGGUGAACAGAUUGCUAAGGAGAGUCAAGAUCUCAAAGAAGAGUUGGUGGCUGCGGUGGAGGAUGUGCGCAAACAAGGUGAGACGAUGCGCAUCGCCUCCUCUGAGUUUGCUGAUGACCCGUGCUCGUCGGUGAAGCGUGGCACCAUGGUGCGGGCGGCAAGGGCCUUGCUCUCGGCUGUAACGCGCUUACUCAUCCUGGCAGACAUGGCCGAUGUCAUGAGACUUUUAUCUCAUCUGAAAAUUGUAGAAGAGGCCCUGGAAGCUGUCAAAAAUGCUACCAAUGAGCAAGACCUGGCAAACCGUUUUAAAGAGUUUGGAAAAGAGAUGGUGAAACUUAACUAUGUAGCAGCAAGAAGACAACAGGAGCUGAAGGACCCUCACUGUCGGGAUGAGAUGGCAGCUGCCCGAGGAGCUCUGAAGAAAAACGCCACAAUGCUGUACACAGCCUCCCAGGCGUUUCUCCGCCACCCAGAUGUUGCCGCCACAAGAGCCAACCGCGAUUAUGUGUUCAAACAAGUCCAGGAGGCCAUCGCCGGCAUCUCCAAUGCUGCUCAAGCUACCUCGCCCACUGACGAAGCCAAAGGCCACACGGGCAUCGGCGAGCUGGCUGCCGCUCUAAAUGAAUUUGAUAACAAGAUUAUCCUGGACCCCAUGACGUUCAGUGAGGCCCGCUUCCGGCCGUCGCUGGAGGAGCGGCUGGAGAGCAUCAUCAGCGGCGCGGCGCUCAUGGCCGACUCCUCGUGCACGCGAGACGACCGGCGCGAGCGGAUCGUGGCCGAGUGCAACGCCGUGCGGCAGGCGCUGCAGGACCUGCUCAGCGAGUACAUGAACAACACUGGAAGGAAAGAAAAAGGAGAUCCUCUAAACAUUGCAAUUGAUAAGAUGACCAAGAAAACAAGAGAUCUCAGGAGACAGCUUCGAAAAGCAGUGAUGGAUCACAUAUCUGAUUCCUUCUUGGAAACCAACGUCCCUUUGCUCGUUCUCAUUGAGGCUGCAAAGAGUGGGAAUGAAAAGGAAGUGAAAGAAUACGCCCAGGUUUUCCGUGAACAUGCCAAUAAACUGGUGGAGGUUGCCAACUUGGCCUGCUCAAUAUCCAACAAUGAGGAAGGGGUGAAAUUAGUCCGGAUGGCAGCCACUCAGAUUGACAGCCUGUGUCCCCAGGUCAUCAAUGCUGCUCUCACACUGGCUGCCCGGCCACAGAGCAAAGUCGCUCAGGAUAACAUGGAUGUCUUCAAAGACCAGUGGGAAAAGCAGGUUCGAGUGCUGACCGAGGCCGUGGAUGAUAUCACGUCAGUGGAUGACUUCCUCUCUGUCUCAGAAAACCAUAUCUUGGAAGAUGUGAACAAGUGUGUGAUCGCCCUCCAAGAGGGUGAUGUGGACACUCUGGACAGGACUGCAGGUGCCAUUAGGGGCCGGGCAGCUCGAGUAAUACACAUCAUCAAUGCUGAGAUGGAGAACUAUGAAGCUGGGGUUUAUACUGAGAAAGUGCUGGAAGCUACAAAAUUGCUUUCUGAGACAGUGAUGCCACGAUUUGCUGAACAAGUUGAGGUUGCCAUUGAAGCUCUGAGCGCCAAUGUCCCUCAGCCUUUUGAAGAGAACGAGUUCAUCGAUGCCUCUCGCCUGGUGUAUGAUGGUGUCCGGGACAUCAGAAAGGCUGUGCUGAUGAUCAGGACUCCAGAAGAACUGGAGGAUGAUUCUGACUUUGAACAGGAAGAUUACGAUGUGCGUAGUCGGACAAGUGUUCAGACCGAGGACGACCAGUUAAUUGCCGGGCAGAGUGCACGGGCCAUCAUGGCACAACUACCACAAGAGGAGAAGGCAAAAAUUGCUGAGCAGGUGGAGAUAUUCCACCAAGAAAAAAGCAAGCUGGAUGCCGAAGUGGCCAAAUGGGAUGACAGUGGGAAUGACAUCAUUGUGCUAGCCAAGCAGAUGUGUAUGAUCAUGAUGGAAAUGACAGACUUCACAAGAGGUAAAGGCCCAUUGAAAAAUACAUCUGAUGUCAUUAAUGCUGCCAAGAAAAUUGCUGAAGCAGGUUCUCGAAUGGACAAAUUAGCCCGCGCUGUGGCUGAUCAGUGUCCUGAUUCAGCAUGUAAGCAGGAUUUAUUAGCCUACCUUCAACGAAUUGCCUUGUAUUGCCAUCAACUUAAUAUCUGCAGCAAAGUGAAGGCAGAAGUGCAGAAUCUGGGAGGAGAGCUCAUUGUAUCAGGGCUGGACAGUGCUACAUCACUUAUCCAGGCAGCUAAAAACCUGAUGAAUGCUGUUGUCCUCACGGUGAAAGCAUCCUAUGUGGCCUCAACCAAAUACCAGAAGGUCUAUGGGACAGCUGCUGUCAACUCACCUGUUGUGUCUUGGAAGAUGAAGGCUCCAGAGAAGAAGCCACUUGUCAAGAGAGAAAAGCCUGAAGAAUUCCAGACGCGAGUUAGAAGAGGUUCUCAGAAGAAACACAUUUCGCCUGUACAGGCUUUAAGUGAAUUCAAAGCAAUGGAUUCCUUCUAGGACGAUAGGGUUUCGCAAGAGAGCUUUUUCUUCUUUUCUUUUCUUCUUUUCUUUUGAAUUCCAUUUUUGUAUGCAUACCUGCCGACUCAUAUGCCUCUGGCAUGGGGUAAUUAAGGGAGCAGUAUCUGUUUGCAUGUAAGAUGAGAUGGGAUCAAUACUGCUGAUCCAUCUGUAUAGCCCUGGGAGGGGACAGGGGAUUCCUGUCCCAAGGUAGCACAGAGCUGUCCUUUGCAACAUUCUCAUAAAGCUGGGCAAAGA